CAUCCGUUACGAUGUGGAAAUGCAAGUCGAAAUAGGUACGUAGCGGAAGAUUCGUAAGUGCAGAAAUUUCAGAUGGCAGGAUUGCGCGAUCGCCGAUUACCUCUUCGGUCAUAUUUGGCCUCGCUUGCCAAAGGCCUCCGGCUCAAGCCGGCGGUCAUGCUCGGUCAUGGUUGCGCGUAUUCUUUGCCUCCGUACCACCGCCAUCAUUUGACUACGCGUCGAAUACGGAUCGCAUGUACUGCUCCGACCUCACCAAUCUUUGCCAUCGGGAUGGCGAGAUAAUCAUAGUUGUCUGCCCGACCAGAUUACUCAGUAUCUGACUCAGCCGUUGCGGUCGAUGCCUUUGUCAGAAGUCUGGACAACCCUGACCGUAUUCAGUGACAAUGGCGCCCAAACUUUUCCAGCCAACCAAAGUCGGCGCAGUACCCAUCAAGCAUCGUGUCGUCUUGGCUCCUCUGACACGUUUCCGUGCAUCGAAGGCGCAUAUACCUCAUGUUCACAUAGUAAAAGAGUACUAUGAACAACGCGCUCAUACUCCUGGGACCCUGAUGAUCACCGAAGCUACAUACAUUGCCGAAAGAGCAGGAGGGUACGACAAUAUUCCUGGAAUUUGGAAUCAACAUCAGAUAGACGCGUGGAAAGAGAUCACGGAUGCUAUCCACGCAAAGGGUUCAUACAUAUUCUGCCAGUUGUGGGCUCUAGGCCGGUCAGCAGAUCCAAAACUGCUGGCGUCCAAGGGUCUACCAUACGUCUCUGCAUCUGACGUCCAAUUAUCAUCUGAAACUGCCGCCCCUCGUCCAUUGACUGUCGAAGAAAUCGAAGAAUACAUCGAGUUGUAUGCACAGGCUGCUCGGAAUGCCAUUAGUGCGGGAUUCGACGGAGUGGAGAUUCAUGGAGCGAACGGUUAUCUUUUGGACCAGUUCACGCGCGACGUUACGAACAAACGGACUGAUAUGUAUGGAGGCAGCAUCGAGAACAGGGUUCGGUUCCCGUUAGAGGUUGUUGAUGCUGUUGCUGAGGCCAUCGGGCCAGAGAGAGUCGGUUAUCGCAUCAGCCCGUGGAAUAAUUCGAAAGACAUGAAGAUGGUCGACCCGAAACCUACGUUCCGAUACCUGGCAUCGCAAUUAAAGGCGCGGCAGCCUCGAUUAGCGUACCUGCAUGUUGUGGAGCCGAGGAUGAUUGGUUUGUAUGAUCGGAAGGAUGAAGACAUCGGGAGCCAUGAAGAGAAUGAUUUUCUUCGGAGUGUGUGGUCCCCGAAGCCUCUUAUAUCAGCUGGAGGGUAUGAUCGACGUUCUGCUAUCGAUACCGCGGAAAAUAAAGGCGAUCUGAUUGCCUUUGGCAGACACUUCAUUGCCAACCCUGAUCUUGUGUAUAGACUGGAGAAGGACAUUGGGCUAAACGCAUACGAUAGGAAGACGUUCUACCUUCCGGGUGAAAUUACGCCCAGGGGAUACACAGACUAUCCGUUUGCUGAAGACUAUGUUGCCAAGCCAUUGUUAUAGGCGUGUGUGCGUUACAGCGUUAUAUUGAUCCCCGCUUGCUUAGUACGGGCUUUGUCUUAUACCAGUUGACAAUGAUAGGAACGGUUGUUUAAAAACCACCGCACGCCCAUGAUGAUAUUGUUUUCCCCAAGAAGUCU